AUGGCCAGUUCCAAAGCUAAUUUAUUGGGUAAGCGAAAGCCGGAAGAUAACUUGGAGACCGAGCUGAUUCUGAAGAAACAUAAGGAAGUAUCCGAGGAGAAGGAGACAAGGAAAGAGCAGUUCAGAGGAAUGGUCGAGUUGUCGGAGACAGAGUCUGAUGAAGCUCCCGAUUUUGUUGACAGAUCUGGCGUGAGAGAAAUGACGGUCUUUGUUGACAAUCUCUCUUCUUACGAAACUCAAAUACCAGACAUGAUCGACUUCUUCAAAGAUGUUGGACAAGUUGUUCGUGUUCGGUUUAUCGUAACCCGCAAGCUCAAGCAGAGGGGCUGUGGCUUUGUUGAGUUUACUUCUGCCAACGAAGCAAAGAAGGCGUUGGAAGAGAAAGACCGUGAAUAUUUGCACGGUCGCCAGAUUUCUGUUGCCGUGGCUAACACGGGAGCUAAAUACAUUCCACCAAAGCUUUGCAUAGAUCACAAGGCUUGGUUCGAAGAAGACGAUGAGACACCUCCGGAUUGUGUUGAGGAUGUGGCCAUACCAGAAAACACGCUCUUUGUUGCCAAUCUCUCUCCCCAAACAAGUAAAAUAAUUGAUAUCAUCAACUUUUUUGGAGAAGUUGUUAGUGUUCGACUUAUUGUGAGCCGCGAGGGUAAGCAUCUGGGCCAUGGCUUUGUUCAGUUUCCUUGUGCUAAAAGUGCAAAGAGGGCGCUGAGAUAUAAGAAUGGUGCAUAUUUGCACGAUCACAAGAUUGUGUUGAUGAAAGGACUUGAUAAAACUGUUGAGGAAGGUGGCGUAAGAGAAAAGAAGACGCUCUUUGUUAACAAUCUCUCUUCCAAAACUCAAAUAUCAGAUAUCAUUGACUUUUUCAAAGAUGUUGGACAAGUUGUUCACGUUCGACUUGUUGUAGGCCACCAGACCAGGCCUGUGGGAUGUGGCUUCUCCAUACCCUCUACGAACCAAGCAUUGCAUAGAUCACUACGUUUGGUACCAAGACUACCUUGGAGGAGAAAGCCUUCCGGUAGAAGAAACUCCCGAGGAAGUUGCGGUAAGAGAAAAGACGGUCUUUGUUGCCAGUCGCUUUCUGAAGAAAGAAUCUCUUUGUUCAGAUGUGUUGGAGAAGUUGUUCGUGUAAGGCUUGUUGCUGAUGAGUUGGGUUAUCUUGUGGGCUGUGUCUUUGUUGAGUUUGCUUCUGCUAACCAAGCCAAAAAGGCGGUGCAAAAGAAGAACGGUGCUAGUAUUUCAGUUCACAUGGCUGAGAUAGCUCGAUCAUACCCUUUCCGACCCAAGUACAACUUGUACAAGCUUGCAGAGAAGCUUUGGUACGAAGACAACCUUCGACGAGAAACACUUGAUUUAAAGACCAAACCUGAUUCAAAAACCAUACCGACUCUGAAGGAAGAGGAGACAAUCUUCUCCGGUAAUAAGAUUACCUUCUCUGAUAGUGACGACAUGGCAACUUAA